UUUGUUACUUAUGAAGGUAAGCUGAGAGCUGACCAUUUUUAUGUGAAGUAAAAAAAACUUGGUAACGCAUAACUCUCUCUCCUUCAUUAGUUAAUCACCAUCUUUUAUUUCAUUGAUCUCUCAAGUAACUAAAUUUCCGAAAACUAUUCAUUUCCUCAAAAGCCCACCAAAGUUUCUCCUCCAUACAAAAUCAUUUGUGUUGCCAUUAUAAAGCAUGCAGAAGAAUCACUCUCAUUCAACAUCAAAUCAUCAUAUUAUCAUCUCUUCCUCUAGAAAAAACUAAGAAAAUUAUAAACACAUACAUACAUUACACAUCUAUUAAAGAUGAUAUGCGAAGAGGCAUAUCAGUAUCAACAACUCCAUGAUCACAUGAUGAUGAUGGACUUGAGCCCGUCACCACUAUCAUCAACCAUAUCACCAUCGUCAUCACCAAUGUCACCAUCAAACAAUACUGACAGCAAUGAGGAAGAGAGACUAGAGGAUGUGAAUUUGAGUGGCAUGUCACUACAAUCGCUUCCAAAUCCUUCCCUUAAUUUGGGAAUCAUUUGCAAGCUUGAUCUCUCCAACAAUCAUAUCGAGAAAAUACCAGAAUCUCUAACAGCGAGAUUACUCAACUUGGUAGCAUUAGAUAUUCACUCAAACCAGAUCAAAGCUCUUCCAAACUCCAUUGGCUGUCUCUCUAAGCUCAAGAUCCUUAAUGUCUCUGGCAACUUUCUCGUUUACCUCCCCAAAACUAUUCAAAAUUGCAGGUCACUAGAAGAACUAAACGCAAACUUCAACGAGCUGGUUAGAUUACCAGACUCCAUCGGGUUAGAACUAACCAAUCUGAGGAAGCUCUGCGUCAACUCCAACAAGCUCAUCAGCCUACCAACCUCCAUCACCUACCUCACUUCCCUACGUGUCCUAGACGCUCGUCUCAACUGCCUUAUGAUCCUCCCUGAUGACCUCGAGAACCUCAUCAACCUCGAGAUCCUCAACGUCAGUCAGAACUUCCAGUACCUCACCGCACUCCCAUCUUCCAUCGGUCUCCUCAUGAACCUCCUCGAGCUAGACAUCAGCUACAACAAGAUCACGGUCUUGCCUGAGUCCAUCGGCUGCAUGAGGCGGCUGAGGAAGCUGAGCGCGGAGGGUAACCCGAUCGUGUCACCACCUAUAGAGGUCGUGGAGCAGAGCUUGCAGGCGGUGAGAGAGUAUCUGAGCCAGAAGAUGAACGGUAGACUUGUGAACACAUCGCCGAAGAAGAAGUCGUGGGGUUUCCGUAAACUGGUCAAGUAUGGAACGUUCAAUGGGAGAUCAAGGGCUUGGACUAGGGAAGAGAGAGAAGGUCUCAUCAUGCCUGAGUACCGUCCCAUUGAUAUCUUGGCUUCCAACAGGUUCCCUGGUAUCUCACCUCGGUCUAUCUUCUCUCCAAGAACAUAUUUCAGCAGAUGAUAAUAAUAAAGAACAUUCAUUCUAUCUAUCAACCAUUUACUUAAGUCAUCACUAAAUGUAUAAAAGAGUAUGUAUAUAAUCGGCAUUCACAUUUCAAACUUGUUAUUGUAAAUCAUUUAAUUAAAAUUAUACAAAUAUAACAAAAUCUCUA